AUGGGCGAAUACAUUUCUCCGGGUCAGAAAGGCCUUGAGCUCUCACCGCAGACACAGAAAUUGUUGCAGCUGGAACAGAAAUAUGUGGCUGGCGGCUUCGAACCAGUCCCUGCAUUCUUCGUCAAGGGCAAAGGGUCGAAACUUUGGGACGUGGACGGCAAAGAAUACCUCGACUUCAUUGCCAUGUUCAGUGCCGUCAACCAGGGCCACGGCCACCCGUAUAUCGCGCAAAGGGUCAUGGAGCAAAUGGAAAAGCUUCCGCUGGCCAACCUGUGCGGCCACAAUGCUCUGUACGGCCCAUUUGCCGAGAUGAUGUGCCAACGCUUCCAGUACGACCGAAUCAUUUCCGUGACCUCGGGGACGGAAGCGGCAGAUACGGCGUGCAAGAUCGCCCGAAAAUGGGGCAUCCAAGUCAAAGGGAUACCAGCGGAUCGUUGCCUCAUACUGGGGGUGGGGUCCUCGUACCACGGGCUCGGGUCAGCGGUAUGGGGUCUGAUGGAUGCUUCAGAGACUCGCAAGCAAUAUGGGGUGGACAAUCGACUGCAAAGAAACACCAAUCCCUCCACGGGCGAGCCUCUGGCAUACCUCGAUCUUGCAGCGAUGGAGUCUUGUUUGAACGCUCACGGCAACACCGUGGCGGCAGUCAUUAUGGAAUGCUUGCAUGGGUCUGCAAGAUCUUCGGCCGACGAGAUUGCCUACGCCAGAGGCGUCUAUGACUUGUGCCGCAAGCAUAACGUGCUUUUCAUCGCCGACGAGGUCCGGCAGGGCGCGGGCAAAACGGGCAAGUUUCUUUGCCAUCAGCAUUUGGGCGACGAUUGCAAACCAGACAUUGUGACCAUGGGCAAGUCCAUCACGGGAGGCUUCUAUCCUCAGGCGUUCGUGCUUGGAUCUGAGGCGGUCAUGUCACUUGUCGGCUCUUUCCAACAGGCGGCAACGUUCGGCCACACACCUCUCGCGCUGGCCGCUGCCCGGGCCGCCAUUGAGGUCAUUGACAGUGAAAACCUGGUGGAAAGGGCUGUGGCGAUUGGGGAGAGGUGGAGAAGCACGGUUGAUGGUUGGAACCACCCGGAGGUGGACUAUGUCGCCAGCAUUGGGGCGGAUUCGAAUCUCUAUUUCCGAAACUUGAGCGGGUCCAGGGUCGCUGCACUUUGUAUGCACAAAGGUCUCUUCACGCAUCCAGCUCCGCGAGGUCUUCGCCUGAGCUUCGCCAUGACGAUGACGGACGAAGAACUCGAUCGUGGGGCAGCCAUCAUCAAAGAAGCUCUGGAUGAGAUCCACCUCUAUGAAGAUAUCCCGGGAGAGAGAUUCCAUGACCCGAAGCAUUCUCAUUGA